AUGGCUAGUGAACCUUCGAGCACCACUAUAGCCAGUGAACCUUCGACCAGCACUUCGGAAAUUCAAACAGAUACUUCUGAGCCUUCCCAACUCGAAGUACUUGCAUUAAAUUAUCUUCGAAAUCAAGAGAUUUCAACUAUCCCCAGCAGAAUUCCGAAACUCUAUCCUUGCAGUAUUUGCCAAAAAGCAAUCUUAACAUAUCGAUUUCAAUCGUUCGUUGUGUUAGAUUGCGAACACAUUUUCCACCGCCAAUGUCUUGAGAAGUAUAUUUUGCAAGCAGAAACAAAUCCUUUUACUCUUACAUGCCCUUCGUGUGAGAUAAUCAUUACAUUAACUAGAGAAGAAGCAGUACUCGCCUCUGGAAAAUAUCAUCUUCAGACAAAACAAACUGGCACUGAACAGGAUGAUGAGGAGCUCAUGGCUUCGCUAGGAUUCGUAGAAGGUGACUCUCGUGCUGGUCAGGGGAGACAGUCGAAGCAUGUCACUAUGAAGGAUCAGGCGACAAGUCCAAUCAUGAUUGAGGAUGAUGAUGAUAACCAGUCUAAUUCUGUUGAUAAUAGAACUCCGGAGAAUCAAGCUAAUUCUAAUGAUGAAAUCCGCGCCACUAAUACACAGGAUAACUUUGAGAAUCAAUCUAAUGCAAAAAGUGGGGAUGACACCAACGUGCAAGAAAGUGAAUCUCAAUCAAGAAGAAAUUCAUCAAGAAGACAGACCUCUCCAAGGAUCACUCGUGAACAAGAAAAAUUCCAGGCCCUGUUGCAAGAAUUAUCUACGCCUGCCAAGGGAGAGAAAGCCGAAAAUGUUGAUGAGGAGGAAGAUGCUGAUGGAUCUGUAUCUCAAAGCUUAGCCCGAUUAUAUCAAAAGGCAACUCGUGCUGGAUUACGCGUUACAAAGGCAAAUCAAGAUGAAAUUUUAUGUUGGUAUAAAUAUGCUGAAGGGUUCGAAAAUAGGGUUAGGGAAAUUAGAUCUCAAGAUUCAUCAGUUACCGAUCCAACAGCUAGAAGUCGAGCAUACCGCGAAGUCUCUCAACAUCUUCCGGGAAUUACAGAAGCAAAUUUGCGUAAGAAAACCCAGAAAGCAAGGAAUAUAUAUAAGGUGUUUGUAAGGAUAGGGACAAACAAGAUCAAGCGGGUGAAAUCAUAUAGCGCCGAUGCUAUUUCAAGCCUAUCUACUACCCAAAUUCAAAGUAUUAUAGACCGUUUCUCUAUGACAUGA